AUGCAAGUGGGUCCAUUUCCUGACGUACCUGGCUUGUAUCGCCGCUACUUGUGCUGGGGUACUCUCAAGUCUGUCCGCGCCUUCCUUGCACUUGCAUUAGAAAGCAAGCCACCUCCAGUUCCCCGUCGCACCGUCCACUGUCCAGUGACUCCGGUCGCCUUAGUACACAGGCAUGAAGGCACGCCAAUCCUCGUCUCCUCUGUGCAAAGCUACGAAUGCCGUCUUCAGGCUUCACCACCUCUGAUACCUCUUUCUCUUUGGUCAGAUAUUCAGUCCGCCAUCAUCUCAGACAUUUCAUCCCCGGACAGUUCCUCGGGACCCAGCCGAACGAACCAUCUCAUGAAUGCCCUCUCUUUGACCCUCAUCGAGGAUCGACUUCGCCGCAUCCCCCAGUGCUUCGCACGCGACCCUCACAACCCUCUCGACACUCAUGUCAUGCUCCUCAAUGCACCACAAAUGCAUCUAUAUAUCGAAUACCUACCUCUCAGCAGCCACAACGUGCUAGCAGCCACUCGAAUAAUCUCUAGUCGCCAGUCUGGACGUGCUUUCGAAGAAGACCUAUGUCAUGGUUGCGAGCUGCAAACUGCCAUGCCUCAUAACUUCAUGCACAAGGAGAGAAGCCAACGGUCACAGCAAACAAGCCGAAAGCCAAUAGACUCUUGCAGAUUCAGAGUACAAUGGCACAUGGCUGCGUCGAUUCAACAACUCUCAACCUCGAACCGUCUGGUCUGCCGUCAAAACACCACCCCAAUCCGCGUCGCCUGUCUCAUCCUGCCCUCACCUGCGGAUACCUACACCACCUUCAAAGACUUGUUCGAUAUGCUUCAAACUCAAAAGAUUAACGGGCUCCGCCCACAAUCAACAUAG